GUUUCAACAAGCAGAGAGACGAUUGAUUAUGCGGCAUAUUUGUUGACAUCACCAAAUUGACAAAAAAGCCUCUGAUGUAGAAUUGUCUUUUCAAAAUGUCUUUAGUGGAAAUUCCGUAUACUCGAUAUAGUAGCAGCAGUGACAAUUAUUACUGUAUCGAUGACAUUAUAGCGACUUGUGAGAAAAUUCCGAGCAAAGUGGAGCAGCCAUUGUUUCGUCUUGGAUUCCUCGAUCCAAGUACAGACAACACAACUAUUCAACCGGGAACAAAAUUGGAGCUGCCUUUUUGGUUGGCAUCGUCACUAUGUACACGGAGACGGAGACUCGUCAGUGUUGAUAUGCCGAAAACGUACAAGGACAGUUUUCGAGAAAUUUUGAAAGCAGAUGCCAAUGUCGUUGACCUGCACAAGAUCGGACCGUAUUAUUACUCAUUUGGAAGCAAACUUCUGCAUUUUGAUCAUCCAGAAAUCGGGGAUAUAGCCGACUCGUUAUUGCAGGGUUUCAUUUCUAGAUUUCGCAGGAUUAUGGAUUCAUCUCAGAAUGCCUACAACGAAGACACAACUCAUCUGACAUGCAAAUUGGAUGAAAGUGAAAGAUGUGUAUUUAAAGCGGGACAGAAAGGACUUGAUGAUUUCCAGCGAUGGCAGACUGGGCCGACCAAAAUAAACACAUCACAGAUGGUAGCCAAUCACAGGAAACGUAAACGUGUUGUUAUGGAGGAAGAUUGAGCCUUCACGUCUUAUACCAUUAACGAAGUGAAAUUUCUUUUGACACAGUGCAAAAUGUGUCAAAUCAUUGAAUUUCCAUGGAAAACUAUCUCAGACUAUAUCACAAUAUCAAAAUCAUCCAUAAAACCAUGCGAAUAACAUGGUAUAAAUGCAUUCUGGCUUAUAUGUAAGCUGCCGAUAUGUGGUGUUCAUAUAUACCUUGUUGGCUGCGUGUAAGUGGCGUGUUAAAACCUGUCCACAAUGCUCACUGGUAGUGUGGAGAUAUCCUGGCUUACAUGUAAACUGCCAAUAGUUAGUGUCCAUAUAGACCUUGCUGGCUUGCAUGUAAGCGCCGUGUUUAAACCAUUCCACAUUGUUCACUGGUAACCUGGAGACAUCCUGGCUUACAUGUAAGCUGUUCAUAGGCAGGGUCCAUAUAGACCUUGCUGGCUUGCAU